CUCUGGUGAAGCCAUUCCCGCAUCGACGUUAACAAGCAAUUGCCGUCACCAAAAUGCGCGUCACACGAGUCCUCCGCGCCGUCCCCAAGAACCCCACGGGGUUCAACAUCAGCGAGUUCCGUAGAGCUGCCCGUGUGCCCGAGCACGAUCCUUGGAUCAAGAACGAGUCCUGGCGUACCACCGGCCAAUUCUCCCGCUCCGAGCGCUUCAAGGGCGCUCUUCCUGGCUUUGGCACCGCCUCCGUUGCCUUUGCUAUUUACUGCGUUUACGAGCAUCUCUUUCUCAAGGAUAAGCACCACCACGAUGGUACUGCGUCCGCCGUCACUGCGCACUGAGAUAUAGGUGGGGAUGGACAAUGAGAUGGAGAAGAGUGUCUGAGUCGGACUGGGUGGAUCCGGGUGGAUAUUCAGAGGGGGACAGGCCGUUGAUAUGGGGUCGACAAAGACAAAAACGACAAACAGGACGCCUACAAACGCCAGGUAUAGCAGAUAGCUGGCAGCCGAGCUCUGGUUGAAAGAGCUUCACCAGGGAAGUCUAUCUCGGAUGGCGGGAAAGAUACAGAAGAGCAAUAUGACAGUACUGCACUUGACCCGGAGCGGUUGUUGAGGGAGGGCGGUGCCUAUUGUAGACUGGUCUCCGUGAUGAGCAUACAUACAUAUUUCCC